AUGAUGCAAAACAUUUUGCAAAAGUGCUUCCAAGAUGUCGACAUUCCUGCAAAAUUUGUUUAUUCCAACGAUAUUAGCAGACUCUUUAUGAAUGUCGCAGCGGACGGCCUAGAAAACGCAGUCGACUCGCUAGAAGUGGUUCAGCAUGCAGAACUCGAGAGAUUGACGAGCCAAAAUGACAAGACAUUAUGUAUGACCGAACUGAAGCAUCUGCAGUUUCUCGAGCAGCUGAGAACAGAACAAUUAGACGUACUACGCAACUUUUUUGCCAAAACACUACAAACGGACAGCUUCAUCGAUGGCACGACACGUCUUCCUCAUAUCGUGUUGGCGACAGCAUCCACCAUGGAUGCCAGUAAAUUCUGUAUCACUAUCAUCACUACCAACAACAAAUUGCCGACGUUGACGCUUGACGAUAUAAAUUCUUUCCCAGAAAUAUUCCCCAGCUUACGAUGCAUAAAACUGGACACGGUGAGCAUUGCAAAGUCAUCCAACAAUGAACUUAUCCCUCAUCCGAAUAAUGUAAGCCACGUCCAGAUAAAACUCGCUGGUGAUUUGGAUGACUUUGGACUCCUCGGAUUCGUUCUCAACGCUUACAAUAAGAACCUUAAAUCUCUGAAAAUUAUGGGUGAUCCCAAUGCCCAUAAAGCUGUCAACAGAGAAAAGCUAUACAAGUAUACCUAUCAUCUUCAACAAUUGGAAACCAUUGAAAUCAGUGAAUAUCCCAUAAGUGUGACCCGAUUCUUAAAGGCUUUGUAUAUCUCUAACUGUCUUCCCAAACAUCUCGCUUUACAAAUAACAAAACAGCCGGAAAAGGGCUUCACUUAUCUAAAUCUACUGGGUCCUGAUCGUAUGGAAUCGCUAUCUCUUACAACAACAGCCUUUCCACAAAUGCAGGACUUACUAACCUUUACACAACUACAAUCGUUGACGCUUAUAUCUCUGAAUGAAACACAGCUGAUUGAUGUUGAGUAUUUUAAGCCUAUUCUCGAAAGGCUAUCGUCGUUGACCAUCGGUUACGGAAAAGAUAAUCCGUCGAGUAUCAGCUACAACUUACCCAGCAACGAAUUAUACCCUCGCUUGAAGCAUCUUACUAUCACCAACGCCAUUCUAAAAGGUGACGAACUGAAUACCUGUCAAAAGCACUGCCCCAACCUCACGGAUAUCACUCUCAUCCGUUGCCAAAUCGAUCGAACUACCUCGACUUUAUCGUUAGAAGCUUGCGAAUUAGAAACACUCACCUUGCAAAACUGCGUGUUCUACCCUGAUUUGAAGGAACUGACCAAAUUUAAAGUGACUAUAACAGAUACUCAUUCUGUAUUUGACGCAAAAGUGAAAAAUAAGCAUGUCCACCUGGAUGACAACCAACAUGCAAAGAAGGGUUUAAUAGAGGGCAUGAAGAACCUAAUUAGCAAUACCGUCAAUGGAAGCAAACUUGCAGAAACCGAGAACCAACUACAUAUUAUAUUAAAAAAGAUAAAAUCAAUCCAUCUGGAUAAAGAAGGCGCAAAGUUUUUGAGUUUCCAUCCAGCGUCCAACAAGUCAAAUGAAGUCGUCGAUUGCGUAUCAUUUAUGGACGAUGAAGAGCAAAGAAAGGACAAUGAUCACCGUCAUUCGUACAAAGAAAAGGGUGAAUAUAAAGACGCCGAAGAAGUGCUUCAUGACAGUGAUAAGGGUGAUAGCGUACAUGGGGACACUCCUCAGAAGAAUGACUUGCAGAAGGAUAGCAUGUAUAUGACCAACAAACUUAAGAAUGAGACCAGCUCUCCGGCGGCGGAUGAGGACAAAGACCUACACGGCAACGAUGAUGAACACAGUGCACAUGAGGACGAAACCACUGACGAAGAAGAAUCUUCCCUAAAAAACGCUGAAAAUACAAAGAAAAGGAAAGAGCAAGACGAAGAUUAUGAAUAUGGAGAUGACAAUAGUGAAGAUGAGACAGAUAAGUCCUAUGACGAGGAUGAUGAAUACAUCGCUGUGAGAAGAUCGACGAGGGUUGUGGAAAGAUCUUCAGUUACCACAAAGCUUAGGCCGAAACGCCAAAGAAUUUCUUACGACCAAGACAAGGCGAACAUGCGCAACUUUCUAGAUAGAGUGCGACAUUAUAAGGCUGUCAUUCGUAUUUCUUACUAA